AAUGAGGAAGUAAACGGCAAGCUCACUAUAUGUAAACUCUAGUUCCCUUCCUGGCUCGAUGUAUUGAUCAUUCUUUGUAAGAGGGAUCACAUCUGGAAGAGUUCACACUAUGGCGUUUCUUUCAUUACCGCUUUCUAUGAUUUUCAUCCUUCUAACUCUACAUUAUGGCUCUUCAUCUGAUCCAAUUGCUCUAAGAAAGACUCAUGAAUGGAAGAAGCUUAUUCUGACUCAUCACUGGCCUGUGACUGUUUGUAAGAUGGAUCAAGUUCAAUGUGAAAAUCUUCCAGACUACUGGACUCUGCAUGGAUUAUGGCCAGACAAGUCGCAAACGUGCAAUAAAUCCUGGCCCUUUGAUUAUUCAGAAAUAAAGGACAUCAUGACAGAGAUGAACAAGUGGUGGCCUGAUGUUCUUCAUCCAAAUAAAACACAACUCUGGAAACAUGAAUGGCAGAAGCAUGGAACCUGUGCUGCAUCUUUGGAGGCUCUGAACAGCCAACACAAAUAUUUCAGUAAAGCUAUAGAUAUGUAUAAAAUGACUGAUCUUAACAGUGCUCUUCAAAAGUCUGGCAUAGUGCCAUCAACAAAGUAUUACCAGAUGAAAGAUAUUACAAAUGCCCUUGUAGCUAUCUAUGGAGUGGUGCCAAAAAUUCAAUGCCUCCUUCCACAGCAGGGUGAAGAUGUGCAAACACUUGGACAAAUUGAAUUUUGCUUCACAAAAGAAUUUCAGAUUAGAAACUGCACAGAUAAAAGAGAUGCGCUUCACUUCUAUGAGUAUCGAACCAAUGAGGAGCUUCAGGUUUGCGACCAAGAGUUAAACACACUUUAUCCUCCCAUAAAGUGUCUGGAAGAAGACUGUCCAUAAUGGCCGCCAAAAUAUUCGUUCCCACUUCCAGCUAUGAAUCAAUUGUCUAAAGAUUGGGGUUAAAAAGCAGGCUAUUGGCUAACAAUCUCUUUAAGGCGAUGCUUUCUUAGAUAUUGUGUUUGAAUGAUUUCCUGUAUCUCAUAUUUAUGUACAGAAAAUAUAAUAACAUUUGUUACAUAACAUGUUAAUGCAAACAUUUUCUACUAACUUAAUACAGAAUCUAUUCACUACACAUUAUACAUGUAAAUCUAUUCAAACUUCUAGAACUCACACUUAAAUGAGACUGUUCAACUUCACAAAUCUCCUACCAUAAACAUCAAAUCCUCCUGGACAAAUUGCUGCUCCCAUGUUGGUUAACUUAAGUGAUGUGUCUGGAAUGGAUUUUAAAUCCCUUUGAAUUCCUAACCAUUUCUCAUUUUAGUGGAUAACCUUGUCAACCUAUCUCCCUAUUAACUGGCUUCCUCUGGUCUUAUACAUUCUAGUUGUCGUGAAUUACUGAAUUUUGGAAAGCUCGAGUCGAGCUGGGAAAUCUAGUAGGAUAGUUUUCAACUUAUUUUCACAUAACUUGUAACUUAUGUUGUAACUCUGUUCUCCACAAGUUUAGUGCAUAACCUUGAGUAAUUAACACCGCAUUGAGACAUUUCAACGAAUCCAGGAGACUUGAAUGAUAAACAUUGAUUUCUCACUAGAGGAAUGUUCUUCAGUAAUUGUCUGAAACUUUAAAAUAUACACACUAUAUUUUCAGACCAAACAAAGUCCAUUCCAGGGAUUACUAGUUCUUCAGUUUUCUCUCCAUGAUAUGUAUGAGCUCAGUCAUUUUGGCUGUUGUAUUCAUGUAAAUUCUCAGCAUUGCAUAGCAAGAACACUGUAGAAUUUACAUUUUGUAUAAUGUGAUCCUGUAACAUGUUUGAAUGUAAUGCUUGACUAUUUCUCUUGCAUAAAAUAAAGUUUAUCCUGCUAA